GUUCCAGGCAGGGAGAAGACAGUUCUGGGAGAAGUCUGCUCGCUUCGAGCUGUAGCCGCGCGGAGGGAGCCGUGGCCUUUGGGGAAGAGGAAUAAGCACCGGGGGCUAUUGGAGAAUGCCCGUCCAUUCCCGCGGGGACAAGAAAGAGACGAGCCAUCCCGAUGAAAUGGAGGUGGACUACGCCGAGAACGAGGGAAGCAGCUCGGAGGACGAGGACACCGAGAGCUCGUCGGUGUCCGAGGAUGGGGACAGCUCAGACAUGGAUGAUGAAGACUGUGAGAGAAGAAGAAUGGAAUGCUUAGAUGAAAUGUCGGACCUUGAGAAACAGUUCACAGACCUCAGAGAUCAGCUUUAUAAAGAACGGUUAAGUCAAGUGGAUGCAAAGCUACGAGAAGUAAUAGCUGGGAAGGCGCCAGAAUAUUUGGAACCCCUGGCAACUUUGCAAGAAAAUACGCGAAUCCGAACGAAGGUAGCAGGAAUCUAUAGGGAACUCUGCUUAGAAUCAGCGACGAACAAAUAUGAAUGUGAAAUCCAAGCUUCUCGCCAGCACCGGGAGAGUGAAAAACUCUUGCUGUGUGAUACUAUACAGAGUGAACUAGAAGAGAAAAUUAGAAGGCUGGAGGAAGAUAGGCACAGCAUUGACGUCACCUCAGAGCUGUGGCAUGAUGAGCUUCAGUCAAGGAAAAAAAGAAAGAAUCCCUUCAGCCCAGACAGAAAGAAGCCAGUGGUUGUAUCAGGCCCCUAUAUAGUUUACAUGUUACAAGACCUAGACAUUCUUGAAGAUUGGACAACAAUUAGAAAGGCAAUGGCUACACUCGGUGCACAUAGAAUAAAGGCAGAACCACCUGUGAAGCUGGAAAAACACUUGCACAGUGCUAAGUCUGAAGAGGGAAGAUUGUAUUAUGAUGGUGAAUGGUAUAUACGUGGACAAACGAUAUGUAUUGAUAAGAAAGAUGAAUGCCCCACAAGUGCCAUAAUUACAACAAUUAACCAUGAUGAAGUUUGGUUUAAGAGGUCUGAUGGAAGCAAAUCUAAACUUUAUAUUUCCCAGCUUCAGAAAGGAAAAUAUUCAAUAAAACAUUCAUAA